GAUAGGACUAACCCAACACUAGGCGUUGAGAAGGAACUAGGAAAAUGGGGAACACGUCAACAAAAGCGGGCGUUGUUGUUUGGGGUAACGCUGAUGGUUGCACGGUGGAUGAAAAAUCUACUACUGGACCACGUCUGAUCGAGGCUUUGAGGCAUGUACACGUCAAGGUUCUGGUCUGUGGCGGACACCAUACAUGCGCCCUCUCGGAUAACAACGAUGUAUACACCUGGGGCAGCGGCAGAAGUGGAGAAUUGGGUAUUGGCUUCCCUUCUCGCAAAUAGACCAGGACUUGAUCAAUACUUCAGUCUGUCGUUCUUGAGAAGAACACUACUUCCUGCUCUAUGUAAGUAGUGUUUAUCAAGAAUGCCUCCGCCUCCCUGCUUACUUUCAACUCGCGCUAUGAUUUCUGCCAUGGUCUACUCGCUCUAAGACUUCAACAGAUUCAUCAUCUUUCACCAGGUCAUGGCGAUGCGGUGCUGGAGAUGCAGUUGCCAAAGAGUAUUCGGUCACUUAGUUCAAAGGGAAUUCGACAGAUAGCAUGUGCCGAGCACCAUACCGCCGCAGUAUCUGACGCGGGUGUUCUCUACACUUGGGGCAGAGGACAGAACGGACGCCUCGGACACGGUUGCAAGUCGGACGAAUUCAGUCCCAAAGCGGUGGAGACACUUUUUGGUUACGCCCCUUGACAUUACCUGUUAUGAUUAGACUUUCGCUGUAGAUGAUGACUAUAAUUAUUCAAAUCACGUUCUCGGUGAAGCCAAAUAAAGUUGGAUUUGUUAUAAGUAUAUAAUAUCAGGAGUUCUCUUACUGAAACCCUCUCUAACGUGUGCACUUUGUAACGCAUGUGAGCUGCGGAGACUUCCAUACCGCGUGUGUAGCUGCCGACGUGGAGGAUAGCGUCACCGGAUUCCACGCAACCACCGGCUCUGCACAUGUCGCUGGCGGAGGUAGCAGCAGCGGAGCCGGUGGCAACCCCUCACUUGCAGGCAGCGCUGCGUCUGGCGGGGCCGCGGUGGUGUCAGGUGUUGCGAAUGCGGGAGCGGUGAGUAGUCUCGUGUAUUCGGGCGCAGCGUCCGUCCCGCAGCCACCGCGGGCAACCUCAUCAGCAUUGAAUAACGCAGGCCGAGCGCCGCAGAUGCACGGCUCCGCAACAGGUGUUGGCGGCAACAGUAUCCUCGGCGGCAGCACCUCUUCCGCGAACGCGCGAGGGCCAAGCUCCCAACAUCAGAGCAAUAAAGUGAUCUACACAUGGGGCUUGGGACUCAGCGGGCGGCUCGGGCAUGGCGAUGAGGCAGACCGAGCAGUGCCGAUGCCAGUUGCCAACCUCGGAGAUGGCGUUGUUGAGUGCGGAGGCCAUCACUCCGCUUUUGUGACCGCACAACUAGGUCAAAUCUACACCUGGGGUGGUGGUGCCUUCGGCAAGCUAGGACAUGGAGACAAAGAAUCGUGUUUGCAACCUGCGUUGGUGCAGUCUUUCACCUGCAACUACUCUUAUGUAUGAUCAUUUCGUUGAAUCGCGAUGAAUUUACAGAGACAUUGAUUUCUUGAGAGCAGGUAAAAAAGAUCAUCUCAAAAUUGAAAUUCAGACUCGAUGUAAGAGUAAGCUAGUGUUCACAAUCACAGACACACACAGCGUCCGCACAUUAUCACCUAGAGACUUGUUCUAAGAUCAGAACUCAACAUCCGACGUAGGCAGGGGACACAUGAUCCAGUGCGUUCUCGGUUCACAGCAUAGUAUGUGUCUCUCGAACCGUGGCGAGGUUUUUACAUGGGGGCAAGCAGGACGUUUGGGCCACGCUCUGAGCGAGAUGGACGAAGUACUACCGCGACAGGUCAUGGCGCUCGCGCAAGUAUUCGCUGUUCAGGUACUUCUUACUCGACUUAUAUUAUAUAUAAAUAUAAAUGUGGUGGGAAUCAUAAUAUUGCGCUUGCCCGCUAGGGACGGUGGUCUAGAGUCGGUGCGAGCACCCGCCCCCCCUGUGUCCUCUACCAAGGAUUUGGAGGGUGGGACACCAAGGGCUGUAGCAUCUAAGAGUUAAUUUUCUAUACCUAUUUGAAUUAGUUCUUUCUUUUCUCUCGACCGAUACUACGAGUGCUGAGAGCGUCAUGUCCCACACCUCACGACCUGCUGGUGUACACCUUGCUGCAAUAUCAGGGACAACGACGGACAUCUAAUCUAGCCUUCAUUUCAUCUUGCGCUUGCCUUACAAAUGCAGAGGGAAUAUGUUGCAUCUGCACUCUAUCGGUGAUGACUGAGUUUCGUCCAUUAUGAUGUUCUGGCUGUUUGCACGUCUGAACAUGAACCCUUUGUAUUUUCAUUUCGUCCAUAAUCAAGAAUCAAAUUUUGUUUUUGUCUUGCACUGGUACUGCCUAAAGCCAGGUAAGCUGUGGACAUUCGCAUUGCGCAGUAGUGAGCGAUCGUGGCGAUGUCUGGGCGUGGGGUACGAGUCGCGCCUAUGGUCACACCGACACCAAAAUCCCGCCAAACGUGCCGACGCAAGUGCGCGUACUCACAGGGAAAGCCGUGGUCGCUGUCUCGUGCGGAAUUUCGCAUACCGUGGCGCUUUCCGACCAGAACCUAUUCGCAGACAAGCUCAUGUUUCGUAACGCGCAGAAGGAGGCGGCGCAGCGUGAGCAACAGCAGUACCUCUCUGGCGAAGAUGUUGAGAGUGGCCGUAUGAACAGGCCUAAUCCAAAUUUCCUACGUGGGGGUCGAGGGCAGUCUCUUCCAAGCAGUGCCGCGACACGAAAGGCAGGGUCGUCCGCCCUAGGACCACAACAACACACUUCGGGACUGUACCCACCUGGUGCGGGACUACUUGAUCACGGAGGUUAUACAGGCGAUGUGGAUGGCGUUUCUCCGGCUGCUGGUGGCCUAAGUUCUACCACUGGAGUUAGUAGAUGGCCGUCCACGCGGCUGCAGAAAAGUAGCAGCCAGACCCAGAGGGAUCAGCUUCUGGCGGACCGUGACAAUCGCUAUUCACGUGAUAGAUCAGCGAAAGAGUUGAGCGGGACGAAGGCAGGAGAUUCGGAGGGUGGAGUAGGCAAGAUGAAGGGCGAGGUGGAUCUGACACAGCAUGUUUUUCUGUCGGAUGAACUAAAAUCGUACCAAAAUUUGGCUUUGCGACUCACAAAACAGUUACAAGAUGCUUAUUCUAAGAUUUUCGAUCUGCAAAGCGAGAACUCUUUCCUCAAAUCAGAACUGGAAGUCAUGCACCAUAACUCUAGGCAACCCACAUGAAAAAGUAAAAGAUUUAUAUAUUCAACACUGUAGUUCCGACUGUACCCCAUGUGCAAGUUUUCAUCUGAUCCUGACAUAGCUACUUUGGACUAUAAUGUCAACAUGAUCAAUCUCUCUUCCUAGAAGAAUUUUCUGAAAAAAAACUUCAACAUUUUGCUGAUUGAGUGGUCUACUCUAUACGAAGAGUAAGCGCUAG